GUUGCUUUUCCUACAUGCUUACACCCUGUUAUUAUUUUGCAUAUUGUAGACUUUAUAUUGCGUCAAUAUCAUCACUUGAUGAAAAGCGCGCAUCGUGAGGAAGAAUGAGGGUUAAAGUCAAAUACACGGCGACCGAGGAAAUCAACAUCUUCCUUACUGUUGAGAAUGUUCGCCAGAUGACGGCAACGUGGUUGUCCAAGGAGCUGGACAAGGAGUUGCAGCCAGGGCGCAUCAUGUUGAUUUAUUGUGGAAAGCAGCUCGCAGACAGCAUGAAAUUGUUUGACUAUAGCGUGGCCCACGGUGACACAUUUAUCGCAUUCAUAAAGCAUCAGAUAGAAGAACCGGCAAACGACGAUAGCAUGGGCGAAGCAGCCGAUGCACCGCACCCGACGGCCAUUGAGGACGACGCGCCGUCCGGGAAAGCCGAGGACAUUGCUAUGGAGGAGGACGGUGAUCUACCGCCGCUGCCGAACUGUGAUGUCUGUAAGAACGAUUCAGUGAAGGAUUGUAAGAGCUGUGGGUGCACUGAAUGUGGUGGAAAGGACGACGAGGAACACACGCUUAGCUGCGACGAGUGUGGACGGUUCUUCCACAUGCGCUGCCUUUAUCCACCACUGACUAUAGUGCCUGAGGAGGAUUGGUUCUGCCCCGACUGUUUUAACAAGAAUGAAGGAGUAGUUGAAGGCGAAAAGACGUUUGGCAAGUCGGCGCGCAAGGCCAAGAUGCCGUCGGCAACCCAGACGAAGAGCUGGGGCGGCGGUAUGGCGUGUGUUGGCACAACCAAGAAGUGCACCAUUGUAGACAAGGACUAUGCUGGGCCAAUCCCAGGUGUCCAUGUCGGCCAGUCAUGGCGCUACCGUAUUCACGUAUCCGAGUCUGGAGUCCACCGGCCGCCAGUCGCUGGUAUCGCUGGCAAGUCGUCGACGCCAGCUGUCUCGAUUGUACUGGCAGCCGGUUACCCAGAGGACGAAGAUCAUGGUGACGAGUUUAUAUACACUGGGUCUGGUGGUUACGAUCUGUCUGGCAACAAGCGCACGGCUAAAAUCCAGGUCUUCGACCAGGAGCUGACUCGCCAGAACCUGUCUCUGGCACGCGCGUGCGCGGCGCCAAUCAACACCGAUGUUGGCGCGGAGGCUGCCGAUUGGCGCAGCAGCUCGCCGAUCCGCGUGUGCCGCAGCUACAAGGUCGCCAAGAAGCACCCUGAAUUCGCGCCUGCGGAGGGGGUGCGCUACGACGGCAUCUACAAAAUCUACAAGUACAGGAAGGAGAGGGGGCACAGCGGCCCGUAUGUCUGGCGGUUCUGGUUCCGCCGGGAUGACCCAGAGCCGGUGCCCUGGACACCCGAGGGCCAGCUGCGGGCCAAGGAGCUCGGGCUCGAGUUGUACGAUCCCGAUGGCGCCGAUGCCGACGGCCGGAGCCACAGUUUGCGCAAGCCUACCGCAUCGUCGUCGGUGCGGGUCCUGCCGAAUGCCGUGUUGCGUGAGCUGAUUCGUCUUGAUAGUGCGAAUGACCGCAUCUGGACCGAGGUGUUGAAAGCCACUUUCAGUAGCGAGUCGGCGUUCCUAGAGGCGGUCACUGAGCGCAUGUUCAUUUGUGCUGUGUGUCAGGAGCUUGUGCAGAUGCCAGUAACCACGCCCUGCGGCCACAACGCGUGCGCCAAGUGCCUGUGUCGGUCCCUCAACCACAGCACUGACUGUCCCGUAUGCCGUGCCAGCAUCGAGGAAAUGGGCGACAAAGAGAGAAUCAUGGCCGGCGUGAACCAGAACCUGGUCAACAUCAUCAUGGCCAUGGUGCCCACGUAUGGAAAGGAUUGGGCCAUCAGGCCUGCGAUUACGAGUGUGCAGCGCGCACGCAGGACUGGCCAGCCGAUAGUCGGUUAGGUUGAGAAAAUUAGACAAAGUCUGAGGUGCUGCGGAAAUAUA